CGUCAGCCGGCGCAGGUCGGAAGAGCGGCCGGCUGUGCCUGCCGCCCUCGGUGCCGGCGCUCCGUCCCCCAGGCGCGGGUGCGAAGAGGACGAGCCGGCGUGCGGGCCCGGGCCCGGGGCUGCUUCUCCCGCCCGGUCUGUGGGCAGCCCGGCCUUCGUUUUUCCCAGCAUGACUGCCCGCGUGCCUUCUGAUGCGCUGGGUCGAAGGGUCUUGUGCGGCACGGAGUAUGCAACUGUGCACUACGUUGGCAGCGUUCCUCCUACAGCAGGAAUUUGGCUUGGCGUGGAAUGGGAUGAUCCUCAGAGAGGAAAGCAUGAUGGUACCUAUGAAGGAACACAGUACUUUAAGUGCAGGCAUCCUAGAGGAGGAUCAUUUAUCCGGCCAAACAAGGCAAAUUUUGGAGUAGAUUUUCUUACUGCAGUAAAGGAUCGGUACGGAUUGAAUGAUCAAGGUGUUCAACAUGGAACAGAGAAUACAUUAGUAUUUGGAAAGAAGACUGUGGAAUUUGUUGGCAUGGAUUCUGUUGCAGAACAACAAAGCCAACUGAACCGACUGGUAGAUAUCUCAGUGCAUGAGUGUGCAGUAAGCCAUGCUGGUCAGAAAGAGGAAAUCAGCAGAACAUGUCCUAAUAUCAGGCAUAUAAAUCUAUCAAAAAAUCUGAUAUCAUCUUGGGAGACAGUAACAGCUAUUGCUUCUCAAGUUCAAAAUCUGGAAACACUUAAUCUCAGUGAAAACAAAAUGAAAUUUCCAUCUACAUCAACUUCUGUAUCCAGUGUAUUUUCAAAAUUGAGGAUUCUGGCACUUAAUCAAACUCAGAUAACAUGGACAGAGGUUCUUCUUUGUGCUCCAGGAUGGCCAGCACUUGAAGAAUUGUACCUUACUUCUAAUAAUAUUACAGUUUUGGAAAGGCCUGAUAAUGUCCUGCAGACCCUGAAGUUGUUGGAUCUUUCAGACAACCAGUUACUGGAUGGAAAUCAGCUGCAUCUAAUAGCACAUCUCCCCAGAUUAGAACAGCUAAUACUUAGAAACACUGGAAUAUCUUCUAUACACUUUCCUGAUGCUGGAUUUGGAUGCAAGACUAAAAUGUUUCCUUCACUAAAACGCCUUGCAAUAAAUGACAAUAAGAUAUCACAGUGGUCAACUAUCAAUGAGCUUGAUAAACUGUCGAGUUUGCAGUCGCUGCAGUGUCACAAUAACCCUUUCAUGGACACAGAGAAGAACCCAGAGACCCUGAGACAGCUAAUUAUUGCCAAGAUAAGUCAACUGGAGGUUUUGAACAAGUCUGAGAUCCUUCCUGCUGAAAGAAAAGGAGCAGAGCUUGAUUAUCGCAAAAUAUUUGGAAAUGACUGGCUAGCAGCUGGUGGGAAUUGGAACCCGGAGAAAAACAAACCAAGUGAAGAAUUUCUUGCUGCCCAUCCCAGAUACCCAUCGCUUUGUCUUAAAUAUGGUGCACCUGAAGAAGGAGAACUGAAGGGACGACAGCCUUUGACUCUGAAAAAUCAGCUUCUGACUUUGACAAUUAAGUGUCCUGAGAAACCCGAACAGAAGCCAGUAGAGAAAAAGCUACCAGUCCAGCUUGAAGUUGAUGCUUGUCUUAUGACCUCUGCUGCUGGUUUCAUGAUCAGUGUGUCUGAGGCAAUCAAAGGCUAAUUAACUGAUAUGAAAUCUAGUGGAUGUGCUAACCAAGUAACAAGAAUAUGAAGUUGUAAGAGCCAACUACGUAGUCCACAGUUCUAGAUACUGAGGUCUGGUAUCUAAUACAUUAAGUUAGAAAUCUAAUUCUGACCUGUAUCAAAUUUGUCUUUUGAAGUUUUAGUGCCUGUAGGGAGACUAGAAUGAAUAGACUUUGUUCUAAAUCAAACUGAUGUUUUGGAAAGAUGUAUCAGAAUGGAGUCUGAGAGAAAAGACUUACUCAAGUUUUAUUCUAAAAUAAUAAUCACAUUUAUUAUCACAAGUCGCAUAAAAUCAGAUAGAUACAGCUUUUACAAAAAUGUUUGAUAGAAAAAUAUUUGUUUAAGUACAAUGUGUGGUAUUACAGGAAUAACUCACUAUUGCUGUGCCUUUAGAUAAAGCUUCAAAAGAAGUGAAAGUUCAACCAAAAUAUUGAGUAUAUCUAUUGCAAACACAGUUAUCACCUCUAGAACAAACUACAUUUACUCAUUCAAGAUCCAUUACAAAAAAUAUCCCUUCGUGUAACUGACUUCAUAAUAUAAACCACUCUACAACACUGCUGGCAGUUUGUUUGGGACUAACUAACAUAACAUCAUUUCUAAGAAUGGCACUAGUUCCACAGUGACAUUCAUUUAGUUGUGCCAGGAGAGCCAAUUCCUGCUAAUGAAAACUUCAAGGAACAGUUGCCAGAUGCAAGUAGUCAGAACCUGACUGGUAUGUGUCCCAAAGGUCACUUAGUUUAGCAUGUAGUAAAUACAAACUCAAAAAAAGUAAAUUAUGAAGCCGUAACACUUUAAUUUGGUAUAUGGGAUCAAAGCGCUUAAACCAUAGUAGCAUAUCCUGUCCUAUCCACCAGAGAUUAAAAACCAUUUUCAAUUUGAUAUUAGCAGUUAUGGUUUCAGGUACCAAAGACAUUAUUGCAGUGUUAGAACUGAAGCAGCAAUACAGCCUUUCACUGUUGCUAUAAGCAAGUAUAGUUUAAACACUACUACUUUGCUACAGCUCAGUGGUAGCAGCAUUUUUCUAGUAACUUUUCUUUCUUCCCCCUUGACAGAGUCUAUGACUAUUCAGCGGGUCAAAGGAUUGCUGUAUCGCCUACUUAAAAUUCCUGGUUCAGAACUGAAACUGUCCUACGAAAGUUCUAAAGUGAGUUAAAAAUGGGUAAUUCAACAAUAAAAUACUGCAUGCUGCUAGAGGUCAGUAGCAUGUUCUAAAAUACUACCUAAUCAAAUUGAUUUCACUAAAGGAGGGCAGUCUUCAUGCUGUAAUUUAGGGCCUAACUUCAUUCCUGUAAUAUGACAGAUCCUCCCUGACUGCAACUGCCUGAUCUGUAGUUAAGUUUACAUGAACAGAUUUCAGUUUAAGUCUGAUCAGGGUUUUUUCCUUUCUUAUUCUAGCUGGAAGGAAAAGAAGUUGAACUAGACAAUGACUUAAAGCCUUUGCAGUUUUACUCAAUAGAAAAUGGAGACUGUGUGUUAGUACGGUGGUAAGAAGGGAUGCUCUUGACAGACUGAAGGAAAAGCCAGCACCGGAACUGCAGAAGAGUUACAGACUGCCCACAGACAGUAUGGACAGCCUGUGCCUGAGCUCACGUAUGAGAGAAUGUGAAUUUUAUAUGUGGCACCAGAGGGCUAUACAAUAAUACUUUCAGCUCCUAAACUUAAUUGUCAGUCUCCAUGAAAGCAUUUGCUUUUGGCUGAAGUGUCUUACUUGAGAGAUACCACAUAGUGCUUAAACGCUUCAUUUAAAUAAAACUCAAGGUAACCCUUUUGCUAA